AUGAGAGGAGACAUAUUUGGAAUUCUUGUACUAUUAAAAUAUUGCAUCUGCAAAGAUGCGCACAACUUUGAUGGAGACAUCAAGGACUUUGUGGUUGGAAACAGUAAGUUGUAUGUUCUUACCGACCGUCGACUUCAUCAGAUGAAACACGAUCUACUUGAGGAGAAGAGUAAAGACAUCUCUAAUGCCACACACCCCAAUACAGUGACCAUUCUGGUGCCAUUUGACGCGAACGGCACUUUGGUUACGUGUGGGACAUCUGACAAUGAAUAUUGUGAAGUUCUUGAUAUUAAUGACAUCACAAACAGUAUUUACUGGGAAAGCAUAUCGGUUGGUCCUCAGUGGAAAGAGACAUCUGUAGCAUUCAUAGUUGAUAUUAAUCCUAAAGUUGACCCGAUGGGAAGUUACCUUUUGGUGGCGAGAAAGAAGGGAAAAGAAAUUGUUACCUUGAGGGACACUUUAAAUUCUGGCAAAGGUGGCAUUUUCUCCAGAAUAGAUGAAUUAUCAGAAUCCUUCAUUCAGACCACCAGAACACAUGUAGAGUUUGUUGACGGCUUUCAGGUAUCUUCGCUCAAUAUCUCGUACUUGUUUAUUAACACAAAGACUGAGACCGAGAGGAAAGUUCAUGUGUUCAGGCUGAAUAACUUUAAAGGAAGAAAAAAGGGCAUUUUCAAGGACCUCAAAGCUGCAACUAUUGGAUGCUGUGAUGAUAAAGUUCGUCCAGUUCUUCUCGCCUCCACCAUUAUUCCUUCAGUCAAGUCCGUUAUCUGGGCAGGUGUCUUCAGUGCGCAAAAUGAACGUGAUCCAGAGAACACAGCGCUGGCUUUAUACGACAUCAGUCAUGUUGAAGGACAAGUGAAGGGUUUCUGCACCAACGGUGAAAAGUGUAUUUCUGAGAGUGGUAUGAAACUUCAGCCACUUGCUGUGGUUUUCAAGUACAGAUCGAUGACAUCAGUAGCAGCAGUUAGAACUGAAUCCUGGAUUGUGCUGUUCAUAGGAACCAAAGAUGGCCAACUUAUAAAGCUUGUGUUGGAUGAGACAUUCAAAGCUGGCUGUCCAAUGGUGCUGUACAAAUCUGAUGAUGAACGAUCAGUGUUUCCCAGAAUGCACUUUGAUCCAGUAGAUUCCAAACAUGUCUACAUAGCUUUGAAGAAUCAGGUCAGAAGAGUGUCUGUGGCUCAGUGUGUUAAAUACAAAACUCUAAAAGACUGCAGAGCUUCUCUGGAUCCUCUCUGUGGCUGGUGUGUGAACUCACGCAGAUGUUCUACCAAAGAUGAGUGCUCAGAAUCUUCAUGGGUGUCCAUCCCAAAUGACUCUUUUCAGAGACAACUACUUUAUUUUCAGGUGGCAAAGACAUCUUCCACAAAUAUUUCUCUACAUCUUGUCUUGAGUCUGAAGAGCACAGGAAGUCCCGUCUUCUCAUGUGCCUUUACUGCAGGAAGUGUGAAUGUGUGUGACAGGUCUGAUACAGCUGCAGUUUUCCCAAACUGUUCUUGUAGCUUUUCUGACCAGCUGCUGUCUACCAGAGUCUCAGCUGUAGUAACUAUUGGAGAUCAGAAGAUCACAGAGAUGUUGACGCUGAGGAACUGCUCCAGUAUCACAGAACAUUCAUCAAAUAUUUCUUAUACACAGUGUGUGCAGUGCAUCUCAGCUGGGUGUCACUGGUCCUCUUCUCCCAAGCAAUGUGACUGGACACAUGAACCUGGGCCGCAGUUACAAGUACAGGAUGCAUGUAAAGAUUUACUCUCUGGGACGGACUAUAAAGAGCCAAAGAUUUUCUCUCUAGAACCCAACAAGUCAUCUUUUCAUGGCAGAAACAGAGUUUUACUAAGAGGAAGUAACCUGCAAUCUGUCACCAAAAUCCAUAUUCAAGGGGAUCUGGACUGCAUUCCAAAAGAGGCUCCGGUGUUUGAAUACUUCAAUGACACUCUAAGGUUCAACAUUCCUCCUAGUGAAACUAAAGGAACAGUGAAAGUGUGUGCUGUUACUCCUGAUGGCCGUUGUCAUGGUAACAUCAUCAUCACUUAUAGUUCCCUGCCCAGCUGCACAGGAAUACAGCCCAAAGUCACCUGGAAAAGUGGUGGAAGGAAGAUUCAUGUGCAGGGGACAAAUAUGGAAUUGGUGGAAUCAAUUAUUCUCCAUCCCUCCAGGAAAGAGUUUAAAACACAUCAUGACACAAGCUCAGGGGAUGUGUGGUUUCUCCCCAACCAUAAUGAUCGUAGUGGUGUGUUUAGUCUGUUUUUGAAAUUUGGGAACUCCGCUGUUGAAUGUGUUGAUAAUUUCUCCUACCUGCCUGAUCCAAAGUUCACUGGAUUCACCACCUUACAGGAGUCCGAUUAUCUACAGGUGGUAAUUCAGAAAAAGGCAGAUAAGUUGAAUUUUAGUGAGAGUGAGGUGGAUGUGUCUGGCCAACAGGGAGAUCAGGAACAUGAGUGUGUUUUGGAAUGGAUUUUGUCCAGUAGCAUUCUCUGUAAGAUUAAACACAUAUCAGGAGCCAUCAUCACACUGGACUCACUCACUGUCAGGGUGGGGAAUUAUUUUGUUUUCAGGAUGGGACAAAGUAGUACAAAGUAUAUGUUCUGCCUCAGUCCACAGAAGCCAUCUGGCCAAGAAUGAAAGAGCAGUCAGGAAAUAAGUUGUUUUCAGUUUCUUACUGCAAAAGUAUAUGGUAACCUUGAAAAUCAUGUGUUGCUAGAUAAUUCUGUUCUUUUAAUAUCUAUGUAUUUUUUAAGGAAUCGUAAAGGCGAGCAUCUUAUUUUUUUAUAUUGUCUUUAAUAUACUUAUUUUUGUAUAUUUUCAAUUAUUAUAGGCCUACAGCUUUAAUUUUCAAUGUGUUUUGCUUAUUUAAUGGCCACUUUUUGUAUAUGUAAAAUGAUGCCAUAAUGCUGUUGCCCUUUUUACACAUAUAAUAAAAUUGAAUGAGCUCCAGAAUAAACAUUACUCUGUAGAAAUCUUAUCUUGCAUCCUACUUACUGCUCAGACCGCUCCUGUGGCAUCUAAACAGCAGGUGGCACUAUAUACUCACUCAUUAUUCAUACAAUUAAUAAUAAUAAUAAUAAAAAAUAUCUAUCAACCAAUAGAGGACAAAUUUGCUUUAUUUUGCACUAUAGUGUUUUUUCUAUGACAGUGGAAAUAUUUUAUUGGAUUCUAUUUUUCUCUUCCUAAUCUGAUAUUUGAUGAAAUAUUUCAGUAUACUGCUACUACUAAUUGUAUUAUAGUCCUAUUUGUAAUAUAAAUUACUACUAAAUGAACAA